AUGAAAACAUCACGCUCCAGGCCCGAAGAUGCUGGCCAAUUCAUAAAGGACCCCUUAGGCCACUUCCUAGCCAUGCCGUGGGCCGCAGCGCUUCUCUUGGACCCGGCAACAACGGCCAUUGUUGUGCCUGACAGGAAGCCGCUGCCGUCAGGCGCGAGGAGUCUGGUGAACUGCAUCUUGAACAGCGCCACAACGGUGCGCGCGUGCGUCAGCUACUGGCAGUCGCCGCAACUGCUGGCCCAACGGUCGGCAGAGUCUCAACUCUCAGGGGCAACGGAACCGGCGUCAGCGGGUGGAAGACAUGGCAACCAUGUGUCGUCACGCCAGGCGCUUCUCCAAGAGAGCGGGCCCAAGAUCAAGGAGGACACCAAGACGCAGCCGUGUUUGCUCUUCAAUGCGCUGCUGGAUAUCGGGGAGCAAAUGUCGGGCUUUGAGGGGACGCUUCAUGGUGGCGCUACGGCAUUGUUUAUAGACGAGGCGAUGGGCAGCGUGGCGGGCGGCAAGUCUCCUUUCGCAGCUGUUACAGUGCAGAUCAAUACCAACUUCCGGAAAACCAUCAACUUGCCCCAGGUUCUUCUUGUCAGGGCCAGAGUUGUCAAGAAAGAAGGUCGUAAGAUCUAUGUGAGGGCUUCAAUCGAGAAUAAGGACGGUAAUAUCAUGGCCGAGAGCGACGGUCUAUUCAUCGAGACGGACGAUGGGAGAACCAAGCUCUGA